GACACGAAGCCCCCAGCGCUCGAGCCUAUAGGGUUCCGAACUUGCGCUGUCGCACGGAGGAUGGGAGAUUGAGGAGAUGCCAUUACUCCAUGGCGGGGAGGCCGAAGCGACGCACUACGCGCUGGCGCUGACCUCAAUCCCAUUCGGUUCCCAGUGAGAGAGAGGAACUGCAGCUGGGCAGCUAGCGGUGACUGGUACCCGGACGCCCGGUGGUCGAAGUUCGGCGAGGGAGCGAGACAGACUGACAGGGAUGAGGCGUUUUUAGGUGGUGGUGGAAGUAAUGAACCUGAAAGAAAUCCAAACAUGGAUAAUUUCACCAGUGAGUUUAAUCCUAAUGAAAUUGUAUGUGAUCCAGCUCUUAGAAACAAAUAUAUGAGUAUGCCCCUGAAAUUUAAGACCAAGUUAGGAGAGCAUACAUAUUGAAAGGUCCAUCACAACCAAGACCAAGUUAGGAGAGCAUACAUAUUGAAAGGUCCAUCACAACCAGCAAAUAUAUUGAAAGAUCCAGGUUCAAGGGGCUUUUCCGUGGGUUGGUAUAAGAAAUAUAAUUGGUUAUAAUACAGUGAAUCCAAAGAUGUUGGUUAUUGCUUUUAUUGCUUCCUUUUCAAGCAUUCGGGGAGGGCACAACAUUUUGGUUAUGAUGUAUUUAACAAAAUUUGCUGGAGAGAUUGGAAACAUGCAUACAAAGCAUUACCUAAAUAUGUUGGUGGUGUAGGUAGUGCUCACAACAAGUGUGUUCAGAAAUAUGAUGACUUUAAAAAUCAAAGACAGAGUGUGCAGAGAGUAUCAAACAGAGCUAGUAAACAAUCGGAAGAAUUAUACCAAACUCGUUUAACUUCUACUUUGCGAUGUUCAAGAUAUCUCUUAAAGCAAGGCCUAGCUUUUCAUGGGUAUGAUGAAUCUUCUUUCUCUUUGAACAAAGACAAUCUUCUAGAGUUGAUAGAUUUUCUAAAAGAUAACAAUGAAGAAGUCAGGAAUGCCUAUGAUCGAGGUGGCUUAAAUUCUAAGAUGACUUCCCCUGAUAUCCAAAAGGAUCUUGCAAGGUGUUGUGUAGAAGAAAUAACUGAAGUAAUUAUGGAAGAGAUGGGUAACAGGCCAUUCUCUGUUCUCAUUGAUGAAUCACGUGAUAUAUUAGUAAAAGAGCAAAUGGCUGUUAUUUUAAGGUUAGCAACUAGUAUAUUGUGUCGGUUCUAUUAUAGUUGUGUAAUCUGUACAAUAUUCAGUUUUAUUAGUGUUUUGUUUAAUUGUUGCACUGCUGCAAGUAUGUGAAUUAUAAAGGGAAUGUUGUUGAAAGAUUUCUUGCUCUUAUACAUGUCAAAGAGACUACAGCUGGUGCAUUAAAGGAUGCAUUGCUUGCGGUCCUUGAUAGGCACAAAUUAUCAGUUUCUCGGAUAUGAGGGCAAGGAUAUGAUGGGGCUUCGAAUAUGAGAGGUGAAUUUAAUGGACUGCAAAAAAAGAUUCUAGAUUAAAACCCAUAUGCAUUCUAUGUCCACUGUUUUGCCCAUCAGUUACAGCUGGUUGUUGUUUCUAUUGCAAAUUGUUGCUCAUCUGUCAAUAAUUCUUUGAGUAUAUAUCUUUGAUUGUGACCACAACAAGUACAUCUUGCAAGAGAAGGGACAAACUAAUUGAAAGCCAGCGUCAAAAUAUUCCGUAGUCUAUUUAAACUGGCGAGGUACCUACAGGAAGAGGCUUGAAUCAAGAAACUGUCCUUACUAGGCCUGGGGAUACUAGAUGGGGUUCGCAUCAUGUUACUUUGGUUCGCUUGUCCCAAAUGUGGGACUCAGUGAUAAAGGUCUUUCAAAUAGUUAAUGAAGAUGCACGAGUGCCAAAUCAAGCAGCUGGUUUGAUAAAAAAAUGGAAUGCUUUGAAUUUGUUUUUAUUAUGGUGCUUAUGUUAAAGUUGCUUGGCAUCAUAAAUGAGCUCUCACACGCCAAACAAACAAAAGGUCUCAAUAUUGUUAAUGCUCUUGAGCUUAUCCAUGAUGUAAAAGCUCAAUUUAACACCAUGAGAGAAAGUGGCUGGGAUAACUUAUUUGAUGAUGCAAGACAAUUUUGUGAUGUGAAUGGUAUUCCUAUUCCAAAUAUGGCUGAGGAAAUAUCAGUGAGGGGUCGUUCAAGGCGUGAUGGAUUUACCAUUACUAAUCUUCAUCAUUAUCGUGUUGGAAUUUUCUAUGUUGUUCUUGAUAAAAUAUGUGCUAAGAUGGAUCAUCGGUUCAGUGAAGUGACGACGGAGCUAUUGAUGUGCUUUUCUUGUCUUGAUCCAAAAAGCUCUUUCUCUAGUUUUGAUGUCAACAAGCUUGCUCGGCUUGCUGAAAUUUAUGAUGAGGAUUUCUCAAAUCAUGAUCGUGGAGUCAUAACGGGACAAUUGGAGACCUAUAUUCUUCAUGUAAGGAGACAUGCUGCCUUUGCUAAUUGCAAAGAUAUUGCAAGUUUGUCCCAGAAAAUGGUUGAAACUGAAAAACAUUUGCUUUUUCCAUUGGUCUACAAGCUCAUUGAAUUGGCAUUGUUGGUGCCGGUGUCAACAGCAACUGUUGAAAGGGCUUUCUCAGCUAUGAAGACUAUCAAGUCUAAAUCUCGCAAUAAGAUUGCUGAUGAUUGGUUCAACAACUUGAUGGUGUGCUAUAUUGAGCGAGAACUAUUCAAUUCACUUGAUGAAGCUACUAUUCUUCGAUGGUUUCAAAACUUAAAGAGUUGCAAGAUGCAGCUGCCUCGUAACCCUGCUCGUGUGCAGCCGUAGUUACCAAAUAGCAUUUAGGUUUAUCCUUUGUGUUUCAUUAUCUAAGUCUUGAAAUUGUACUGAAAAAUUAUUUUAAUAUCUUAAUUUGAAUCUAUCAUGAUUUUCUAA